CGUUUCUCCUUGCGCCUAGCAAGUCCCCAUAAAAUGAGCCAUGACAGGACGGUCGGAGUUCCCGGUCCGGGCUUGGUUAUUUCUUUCACAAGAGGCCUGCAGCUUUAGUAUAUAUUGGCUGUGCCCUUCCUCAAUCCAGCUUUUGGGCUCCUAUCUCUUACUCUAUCAGUCAAAGCCGUUGAAGCAUGCGGUCGCUCAUCUCGGUACCUCGGGGCUUCCCCGCAUCUCCCCGCGUUCUCCAUUGCCGUCCCAGUGCCAUCGCACAACGACAGUUCUUCCCUCUCCGACGAGCGGUGCGUUGGGAUAGCUCCAAAGCAGAAAGCAAAAAUAGUGGCAAUGAAGGGCAUAAAAAUAAUGCCAAUACUGAGUCCUCUGGCAACUCAUCGGGCUCUUGGACUACAGGCGGGACCCUAGUGGCGUCCGCUUUAGCGGCGGGCAUCGGCUAUGCAUAUGCUGUGACGAGCCGACCAUCUAAGCCGCAGAAUCUCAAGCAACCCCAGUAUGGAUCUGCAAAAGAGUUCGAGAAGGCCAUUGCAGAAUUGCGUGCCGCACUAGGCGAAGAGACUAUUAGCACCGACGAGGACGACCUUCAGCAACAUGGGUUCUCGGAAUGGUCCAGUGUCAAUGCUGAUCGUCUGCCAGUCGCCAUUGCAUACCCUACGAACACAGACGACGUCGCCCAGAUUGCGAACAUUUGUCACAAAUACAAGAUGCCAAUGGUACCCUAUUCCGGUGGUUCCAGCCUCGAAGCCAACUUUUCAGCCCCUCACGGUGGAUUGACCAUUGACUUCGCGAUGAUGAAUAAGGUAUUAGAGUUGCAUGAAUCUGAUAUGGAUGUUGUGGUCCAACCGUCCAUCCAAUGGAUGGAUCUGAACGAGAAGAUUAAGGACAGCGGUCUCUUCUUUCCCGUCGAUCCUGGGCCAUCAGCGAUGAUAGGCGGCAUGAUAGGCACAAACUGUAGUGGUACAAACGCUGUGAGAUAUGGAACUAUGAAGGAUUGGGUUAUCAACCUCACUGUUGUGCUCGCAGACGGUCGUGUCAUCAAGACACGCAGACGUCCACGCAAGACUUCGGCGGGAUACAACUUGACAGGCUUGUUCGUGGGCUCGGAGGGAACGCUUGGUCUUGUGACUGAAGCUACCCUCAAGUUGACCCCAAUUCCAGAACAGACCCGUGUCGGCGUGGUUACCUUUCCCACUAUACGGGACGCUGCUUCAACUGCCAUGCAACUGGUCCGAAAAGGAAUUCAGGUACAGUGCAUGGAGAUUUUAGAUGAAAUUCAGAUGGAUGUUAUCAACCGUGCAGGUGGAACUGGACGAACCUGGAAGACAUUGCCCACUCUGUUCUUUAAAUUUUCCGGUACCAAGGCUGGGGUCGCUGAUAGCAUCAACCUGACCAAAACGCUAGCCAAGGGUAACAAUGCGAGCUCUUUUGAAUUCGCACGAGACGAGCGAGAAGCACACGAUCUUUGGUCUGCACGAAAGCAAUCGCUAUGGAGUAUGUUAUCACUAAGGGAGCGAGGUGCUGAAGUCUGGUCAACCGACGUCGCGGUACCGAUCUCUAGACUACCGGACAUUAUCGAAAUUUCAAAGAAGGAACUUGAUGGUCUUGGAAUCUUUGCGAGUAUUCUUGGACACAUUGGCGACGGGAAUUUCCAUGCAAGUAUUCUGUACGAUCGCACGGACCCAGAAGAAAGAGAUCGCGUCGAAAAGGUUGUCUACGAUAUGGUCGAUCGUGCCCUGGAAAUGGAAGGCUCCUGCACCGGUGAACAUGGUGUGGGGCUUGGUAAGAAAAGCUCCUUAAAGAAGGAGCUCGGCCCAGCCACGAUUGACAUUAUGCGUUCUAUCAAGAAGUCUCUUGACCCUCACUGGCUGUUGAAUCCCGGCAAGAUCUUCGAUUAUGAAACCGAAGCAUGAACAGUACUCCGUACGGUCAACUCUGCUAGCUGAAAAUGCCAUAGCUAUGAUAACUUGAACGGACAAAAGGAAUUGCACAUCAAAUUAGCCUUGUGUCAACGAGUAAAGAUAUCUCAUCAAUUCCCCUCAAAUAGCUGUAUAUGAUCAAACAGCCAAUGAUGGCCGCGG